CUCACCUGGAGAAAGCGGUGCGCAGCAGCCAGAGUGUCUGAUACCAGGCUGUGGUACAAUGAACUACUGAUAUAGUUUAUGAUGCGAAACAUGUUUACCAAUGUGUGAUUUUCUAUCAAUUGCACCAGCUCACUGUCAAAACCCAUGCCCAGUGUGAUGCUGACACUAAUAUUUGGCUUUCUUAUUGUCUUCUGCAGUUCUUAUCACAACAAGUAGGCCUAUCCCUUUUUUUGCGUAUAAUGAAAUAACACAGAAACUAAUACAAGGGGUGUUACCUCAACAUCAACGCAGCUCCUCAAAAUCAUAUAUAUAUGUUUAAUAAAGAGAUUUGACUUGGCACAAAUGUAUCUGUCAUUGGGACAUUUAAAUCCCUUCAUGAUUUAUAUCAGAUCUCCCAAUUUGAAGAUGAGAAGUUUGAAGCAGCACGUAUUCUAUCAGAGUUCUACUGUCAACAGAACUUGGUGGACUCUGCUAAACCAGUGCUGCGGAAGGUCAUCCAGAUUUCUCAGCAAACUCCCUACUGGCACUGUAGACUGCUUUUUACAGCUGGCACAACUACAUGCACUGGAGAAGGACUUGAUAUCUGCCUGUGAUCUCCUAGCAGAGUAUGCAAAAGUCAUGGGCUUAGAGUACACGAGAGCUCUUUUUUUACUAAGUAAAGGAAUGCUGCUGCUUACGGAGCAGAAGCUGAGUGAGGUGCACCCUCUGCUGACGCUGUGUGGGACCAUUGUAGAAAACUGGCAGGGAAAUCCAUUUCAUAAGGAAUCCCUUGGGUUCUUUUUGCUGGUGCUGCAGGUUACUCACUACCUGGAUGCUGGACAGGUAAAGAUUGUGAAGCCAUGUCUGAAGCAGCUUCAGCAGUGUAUCCAGACCAUCUCCACUCUCCACGAUGAUGAGAUCCUUCCUGUUAAUCCAGCAGCUCUCUUUCACUGGCUGCCCAAGGAGCACAUGUGUGUGCUUGUGUACCUGGUGACAGGGAUGCACUCCAUGCAGGCGGGCUACUUGGAGAAGGCACAUAAGUAAACAGACAAAACUCUAAUGCAGCUGGAGAAGCUGAAGAAACUCAACUGUGAUCCAUCUGUAUGUUUUCAAAGUGCUGGACAGCAGUCCAUUCUGUCCACGUUCCAAGUCCUCCUGCUGGAACACAUCAUCAUGUGCCGGCUGGUCACCGGACACAAGGCCACAGCUUUACAAGAGACGACAACACACCAGGAGCUGUGGAUGUUUGUUGUGACCAACCUGGCCAGUGUCUACAUCUGGGAAGGCAACAGACAUCAGGAGUUGUACAGCCUUCUAGAGAGGAUUAAUCCUGAUCACAACUUUCCUGUCAGGAGAUUUCUAAGGGAGACCCUGAAGAUGUCUAAUGCUGAGGAUCUAAACAGGCUGACUGCCUGCUCGCUAGUCCUGCUGGGUCACAUCUUUUUUGUCCUGGGCAACCACAGGGAAAGUAGCAAUAUGGUGGUUCCUGCCAUGCAGCUGGCCAGCAAGAUCCCAGACGUGUCUGUGCAGCUCUGGUCCUCUGCACUCCUUAAAGAUCUGAACAAGGCUUGUAGAAACGCCAUGGCGGCCCACGAGGCAGCUCAGAUGCACCAGAACUUUUCCCAGCAGCUCCUGCAGGACCACAUCUUAGCCUGCAGCCUCCCUGAACACCACCUCGUCCUUUGGACAGUUUCUGGCCAGCCUGCUCUGAGCUCAAAACCCCACCCUGUCUGGGAAAAGGAGACACAGAAGAGCAAUUGCAGGGAAAAUGACAUAAAAAAGAUGAACUGACAAUAGGUGAAGGAGCUGAUAAAAGGGUAAGAAGAAGAUGGGGCAUUCUAAUGAAAUUGUGUCAUUUGGCAGGCUUUCAUUCAGGGCAUUCCUUCACCUAUUUGGGGCACUGGGGCAUGACUGGAAUUUAAGAAAUGUAAGUUUGUUUUGGAAAGCAAAAGCAUAAUUUAUUACACUGAAACAUUUUGAAUUGGUUGUAAUAGUUUGUUCUACUAGACCAAAAACAAAUUAAAGGAAAAGUUCUUAAAGAAGGUUAAUACAACUUUUAUACGUGUAUGUAUUGUAAGUAUAAAACUAGCUUAGCUUACUUGGCACAAAGAAUGGAAACAGGGACUCCACAGGGAACCUUUAAAUUCAACUGAUUUGUCCCACUCAUUUAGCUUAUGUUUUCACUCUUUCUUUCUCGACCAUCAUGGAGGUACUGUUAUUUUGUAUGACAUGAAAUAGAAAUGUUCAGAGAACAUUAAAGAUUAAAGAAUCUUAAAUUAGUGUUGAAUUUAAACCAUCCGUUGGCCAAACAGACAGUCAAAUGUGACUCAUUGUAUUGUUGCACGUGAACUCAAUAUCUGUCACUGGUUGGCUAGUUCUGACACACAGUAUUAGUUAGGAUACAUGUGGAUAUACAGUAUACUAUAUAUCUGUAAUGAUCUUAAUGUAGCGUAGUGGUAUGUUUGGUAUGUACUUGGCAGCUGCAUGUAGUUUAUUCACUGAAGAGGAACGAAUAUGAGCAUUCAUGAGAUUAAAGACAAUUUAAGAUUAUAUUAGAUUUACUAGACCCUGAAACCAGCUGACCAUUUAAUAUUGAGGCAUUUAAGCAUUUAUUAAUGUUUCGAAGGAUUCGAAAGUGUACUUUAAAUGUGUUUUGAGACUGAUGCAUCAAAAACGUAUUUGGAUAAUUUUUGGACACUGCAAUUCAGAUGACUUGCUGCCUGACCUUUGGAUUUUUGCCCCUUUCGCUCUCACUGUGGUGGUGUAUGUUUAUAUGCUGUGCACAUUUUGUGUGGAGUCAAGAAACCAGUAAUAAUAAGAUAAUAAUAAUAAGUUUACACAUAUGUUGUUUUAUGAUGAAACACAUAUUUUUUUUUUAAUCUUUUUGGAAUCAUGUUUUUUUUCUCAUUGUCUGUUUUACUCAUGUCUUCCAGAUGAUGGCGGUAUAAAUCUGUAUUUAAAUACCUUAUUUAUUUAAUAUUGCUUUUCACUGUACCAGAUGCAGUUGUUUGCUGAUUACCUUUUGAUUUAUUAUCAAAUAACUGGUAGGACUGUCGAUUCAGUUACACUAAUGUGGGAAUGGUGUAUUUUUAGUUUUCUCUAUGAAGACAUUUAUUUUACAGAUUUGUGCACUGAUAGUUUAAAAAUAAACUGAGUUUGUUAUUUUGCAAAGUAAUUACUGCAAUAAAACCUACAUUAUGGAUACCAUUUAUUGUAUUGACAUUUAACAGUAUGUUAUAUAGAGGACUGUUUUA